AUGACGUUCGACGACCUAUUGAACAAAAUCGGCGAUUUUGGGAAGUACCAGAAAAGAAUUUACUUUUUCUUGUGCCUUCCAGCGAUAUCGUGUGCUUUGCAUAAGCUGUCCGGGGUCUUUAUCCUGGCCAAAACUGAUUACAGAUGUCAAUUACCAAGUGAGCCCGCCAAUGCUUCGUAUUAUUUGCCUCCCAACAUCAUGAACAUGUCAUAUCCAUUCGAUUAUAAGUUGGACCAUUUUUCUUCUUGCAAGAUGUACGACACGAAUUUCACUAAAGCGUACUACUCGUCCAAUAUAACGGCGAACCAAAGCAUAGACUGCCACCGUUGGAUAUACGACCGGCACGACUUCCAAAACACCGCAGUGAUGGAGUUCAACUUAGUGUGUGACAGAGCUUGGUACAAAGGCACGGCGGACUCUAUGCUCAUGGUCGGUGUGAUGUUGGGAUCGAUAAUAUUUGGUUACUUGUCGGACCGGAUUGGGAGAAAAAAUAUUUUUGUAAUAUCGGUAUUGCUGCAGGGAAUUGCCGGUUGCGGUAUGGCAUUUACACAAGAGUAUUGGAGUUUUACAUUUCUCAGAGUUUUGGUAGGAGCAUCAACUUCAGGGCUAUACCUAGCAGCUUAUGUCAUCGGUUUGGAAUUUGUCAGCUCCAAAUAUCGAAUGGUGGUCGGCGUGAUCAUACAAAUGUUCUUUUCUGUCGGUUUUCUUUUAACAUCCGGAUUUGCGUACGCCUUCCACGAAAAUUGGAGAUACUUUCAACUGGCUAUUACCAUACCGACUUUGUUCUACACGACCUAUUAUUGGUUUGUACCAGAAUCGGUGCGUUGGCUACUGACAAAUGGUAAACAGGAGAAAGCCGUACAAAUUCUCCAGAAAGUGUGCAGGGUGAAUGGUGUGGACAUUUCAGGAAAAGACAUAAUUGAAAUAUUGGAAUGCGAUGUUGAGAAAAAGCUUACAGUACAGGCCGAUGCUCAACCCAAAGCGUCGUUUUUCGAUCUGUUCAAACACCCAGAGAUUUUGAAGAGAUCCAUCAUCAUAAUGCUUUUGUGGUUUGUAAACAGCACUGCCUAUUAUGGUCUGUCUUGGAGUACUUCCAAUCUUGGAGGAAAUCAAUAUUUUGUGUUCAAUUUAUUCGGUAUAGUUGAGUUCCCGGCCUAUAUAUUUUUAUUAGCGACCCUCAACAAAUGGGGCAGGAAGAUAAAUAUAUCUGGGUUCCUAAUAUUAGCCGGAUUAGCACUUCUAGCAACGCUAGCUAUACCCAAAACGAAUACGUGGGUGGUUAUCUUCUUUGCGAUGAUGGCCAAGAUGUCCAUAACUGCGUCAUACGGAGCUGUGUACGUCUAUACUGCAGAACAGUUUCCGACCGUGGUGCGGAAUAUGGGCUUGGGGGUAGGAUCGUUUUUCGCCAGGAUCGGAGGAAUUGUGGCACCAUACAUUAACAAUACGUCUGAAAUUUGGGUUAAUAUGCCAUUGGUCGUGUACGGUGGUCUGGCAUUGUUAGUCGGAGUGUGGUCGCUUGUGUUACCCGAGACGCUAAACAGAAAACUGCCAGAUACAAUCGAAGAUCUCAUUGCUAUGUCAGAAAAAAAAUACAAGCUAGUGCUUAAAAAUGACCCGGCAACAAAUGGUGACGCGAAGAAGGAUAAAGACAAGUAUUAA